GACUGGAGGUCAGACGUCGGCUGCUACGUCCUCAUACGAAUCUGAGUACACUAAAGUCAAAGUUGCGGAGCUGCCACGACGCUGGAAGUUUUGGCCAAGUUUUGCCCGACGCGACGAAGAGUUUGUGGAUUGGAAUUCUUGGAUACCGACGCGAUAAUGUCUCCGGACGGGUGGACUUGACGGGAGCGGCACGGCGCGGCAGCGUCGCUUCAGGUAGCUGCUUCAGGUUGGUGACUGACAGCUGAGCGCUCUCCGGCUCGUGUCUGUAGCAUGCCACGCAGGCAGCUACUUUCUCCAAGGACGUCUAGAGAAACUCCUUCACCAUGUCACGUUGACAGACUUUUCUGCCUGAAUUCCUCUUGAUACCAUUUUUUUUUUUUUUUUUUAAAGAAAAGACAGAAACAAUGAGGGUUCGAAAAUACUUGCGGGGCAGUGGGAGGGUGCUCGCCUUUGUGUUUGUCGCCUCUGUCAUUUGGCUGCUGUUUGACAUGGCUGCGCUCCGCAUGUCUUUGAGCGAUGUGAGCGGCCAGCAGCUGAAGGAGCGUCUCAUUCGGGAGAGGGAGUUUUACAAGAGGCAGUCCGUCGAGGGUCUGCACCCGAGAAGGAGCUUCACGCACCCGGUGAACAGGGCGGACCCGCCUGGGGGCCAGAAAGCUCCGCGCAGGCCGAGCAGCGAACUGGACCAGGUGUACAGGCACAAAGGCGAGCAGCAGGGUCAGAGGUCAGAGGAGAAGGAGCCCAGAUUUAUUCAAGUUUCCAGAAGUAACCGCUCUAAAGAUGUAGAUGUCAAACCAGGUAAUGGAGCGGCCCAUCCAAAUGAGAUUGCACCAGAGCAGGACAGUGCUGCGAAGAAAGAAGCGGUGAACUUAAAUGUAAAUACAGUGGGGGCUGAUGGAUUCCAGGUCCCACAGAAAGUAGCUGUUAAAACCCCGCCUGCUGUACAAAAAGCUGUGGAUAAGAUUGAUCCAGAGGCAAAUGAGAAAGUUGAGGAUAGCAAGAUUGGAAAAGAAGCGAUCCAGCCUGAGGCCACCAAGUCACGCCCUGCACAAACAACUCGUGGACGUCCCAACCAGGAUGUGAAGGAGGUAAAUAAAAAAGUGGCAGAGAUACAAGUGAAAGUGACAGAUAAGAACCAGCUGAAUGCAGAUAAAGAGCCUCUGAAGCCUGCUGUCAAUCACCUGGCAGUGGGUAACUCCAGUGCCAACGCCGUUGUCAGAAAAUCAAGUGUCCACACGGUGCUGUCUCUGGAUGUCACAAACUCCCCAAGAGACCCGAAAGCGGUGGGCCAGUUUGGUCAGGCAGCACGUGUCAGCAAUCACGAGAAUUUAGAGGUGGAGAAGAGGUGGAACGAAGGCCAUUUCAAUGUCUACCUGAGUGACAAGAUCCCGUUGGACCGCGCCAUCCCCGACACCAGGCCUCAGAAGUGCUCACAGAGCCUGGUCCAUGACGACCUGCCCUCCACCAGCGUGAUCUUCUGUUUCGUGGAUGAGGUGUGGUCCACGCUCCUCCGCUCCGUGCACAGUGUGCUCAAUAGAUCUCCACCACACCUCCUUAAAGAGAUUAUCCUGGUGGAUGAUUUCAGCACCAAAGAUUAUCUGAAGAAGAAGCUGGAUGACUACAUGUCUCAGUUUCCCAAAGUGCGGAUCAUCCGGCUGAAGGAGCGCCAGGGCCUGAUCAGAGCCCGGCUGGCCGGAGCUGCUGAGGCCAAAGGUGAUGUUCUCACCUUCCUCGACUCCCAUGUGGAAUGCAACGUGGGCUGGCUGGAGCCUCUCCUGGAGAGGAUCUAUCUGGAUCGCAAGAAGGUGCCGUGUCCGGUUAUAGAAGUCAUCAGCGACAGAGACAUGAGUUACAUGCUGGUUGACAACUUCCAGCGAGGUAUUUUCAGAUGGCCUUUGGUGUUCGGUUGGAGCCCGGUGCCCGAGGACUACAUUAAGAAGAACAACAUGAAAGUUACAGAUCCGAUCAAAUGCCCGGUUAUGGCUGGAGGUCUUUUCUCUAUAGAGAAAAAGUACUUUUAUGAGCUUGGUUCCUAUGAUUCUGGCCUGGAUGUGUGGGGUGGGGAGAACAUGGAGAUUUCCUUUAAGAUCUGGAUGUGCGGCGGCGAAAUCGAAAUCAUCCCCUGCUCUCGGGUGGGACACAUCUUCCGGGGACAGAAUCCGUACAAAUUCCCCAAAGACAGGCAGAAGACGGUGGAGCGUAACCUGGCGAGGGUGGCGGAGGUUUGGCUGGAUGAGUACAAGGACCUUUUCUACGGCCACGGCUACACCCACCUGCUGAACAAAAAGGUCAUCGACAUUGGCAACCUGACGGAGCAGAUCGAGCUGAGGAAGCGGCUGAAGUGCCAGAGCUUCAAGUGGUACCUGGACAACGUGUAUCCAGACAUGAAUGCUCCUUUAGUCAAAGCUGACGGCCUGGUCUACAAUCGUGGGUUAAGAAAAUGCCUCGCUCUGCAGCAAGAUUCUCUGUCGUUUGAGACAUGUGAUCUCAGCAAACAGAGUCAGCACUUUAAUUACACCUGGAUGAGGAACAUUCGACACCGGGAGCUGUGCAUUGCCCCACACGUCCAGAGCAACAGCCUCGCUCUGCAGCCGUGCGACAACGCCAAGAGCGAGCUCCGCUGGUUACACAAAUCCACCGUCUCGUCUCUGGCGGAGCACCUCACCGUAGAGGUUUUCAGCAGAAUGUGUCUGGAAGGACAACUUGAGGGUCCAGCUGUUCGCCUCCGCUCAUGUGACGCCAAAAACCUUUUCCAGAAGUGGCAGUUCACGCACUACUACGCUCAGUGAUGACGCUACAAACCAGUUUUAUGUGUUGACCGCAUACUUAUGAAACUCUGGUUAACCCACACAGUUUAUUUGAGCUGUGUUCCAGCCACACGCACUCACACACACACACACACAAAAAAAGCCUGACUGCACAGGGAGGGGAGGUGUAUCGUUUUGUU